CACCGAGUGCGGCCUGGACAUCCCCCGGUCAACAUGAGCAACACAGUGACCCAAACCGGGGCCCCCGGGGGCCCUUACCGAGCCAGCCGCUCAUUCGACUUCCUCUACGAUCCUCUGCACACCCUGUCUAGUGAGAAAGAUCAUGUACAUGCAACUUUCAGAGCUCAUAUAUCCAAUGAAAGGAUGCAAAAGAUCCCAGAGUUUCCAGCCAUGUUCAGCGAAUUGGUUCAUCAGCCGCGCUACACGCUGCGGCUACAGCUGAAGGACCCGGUUCCCCAGUUUAUUGACCGGCGAUGGAGAGGGCGAGGAGAGCAGAGGCUGAAUGCGCUGAAGCAGCUGGCAGGAUCUCAGGCUCCAAUCGUCACCCCUGCACAGGCUUCUGAAGGUAGCGAUAUCUCUGGGAGAGACCGAUACAGGUUCUUUGAAAGGCCUCUGGUCCCAUUUACUCAGCAGAUGGCACCCAAUGUGCUCCUGGCUGUUUCUAGGGCUGAUCACAGCCCCCGCACACCAAGAGCACCCACUCCCCUGGUCCGUACAGUGGGGAUUCAAACCGAUUACCGAGAUAGUGAGGCACAGACUGACCCCUACACUCCAGAAUUUAUAGUGCGCCCUGGAUCAGUCCCUGAGCUUCUCACCCUCGCCAAUCUCACGUGGGGUCGAGGCCUUCCUGCAGGACUCGCAGAGGUAGAAAUGAUAGAAAGAGCUCGAGAGAAGAGAGCAUGGGAAGCCUCUCUGCCCCCUCUGAGUGAUCUGUCACAGCUCGAAAAGAGGAGAAAGAUGAUGGAUGAGCAGGAAAGAAAGGAGUGGGCCUUCCGAGAAAGGGAGAUAGAGAAACUCCAGGAAGCGCAGCUCGAGGUGCUGAAGACCCUUCUCCGACAGCGAGAAGAAACACAGAAGGAGAUGGAUGGGAAGCGACUGGACUCUCGUUGGUCUAAUCUACACGCUGAGAAAGAGAAGAGAUUUAAAAAAAUCCAGAAAGAGCAUAUUCAAAGUAUGGAGAGAAAAUAA